AUGGCCGAGAAUGAUGCCAAGUUCAUUUUGGUUAGUGCUCUGCAUUUAACAGCGCGUUGGCACCAGCAGUUCGACCGGGCCGAGACCAGAGUUAAGCCUUUCACAACGGCGGCCGGUGUCAGCAUUCCGGUGGAUACCAUGCAGGAACGAUUCAUUAAUUACAAGGUCCACAUAAGGAGGGAACUGGAUGGAGCUAUGUUCUUGGAAUUGCCCUUUGAGACCGGAUACUGCAAUGCCGUGUUCAUUCUACCCGGAAAGACAGUGCCUGGGAAGUCAAAACACGCCCCUCGCGCACCGCCCAAUCAAGGUCUGGCCAGUUUCAUCAGAAUGCUUACCGCAGAGAAGCUCCAGCAUGCGAUGCGGAAGCUGUGCAAGGUGCUGCAUGUGACAGUGCAACUGCCGCGGUUCCAUGUGGAACGGAGCUGGAAUUUGCAGCCCAUGCUAAAACAUUUGGGGAUGCCAACGGCGUUCGACGAGGAGACGGCUGAUUUUUCUGAUAUCUCACGUCUUGAAGACGCUAUGCACACGGCGUAG